UAUCAUUCCGUGACUCAAGUCACUUACAAAGUUCGGUUGUUUUGAUCUUUGAUUUGGCGUUAUUUUUGCCGAGAUUUUGUCGUUUUUAUACAAUCAAUUCAAAAUCAAGUAUUUAAUGUUUUGGUUCGUUAUAGUUGAUAGGAGUUUAAGAGUUUUGACUCGAGAUUUUUGAGCAUGAUCUGUUGGUCCAUAUUUCAGCAAUUCAAAUAUGGUAAUCAAUCUUCAUGUAAAGCUAUGUAAGUUUUAAAAAUGCUUUGAGUUAUAUACUGCAGAUAUUCUGAUCCUGGAGACUUAAAAAUCUUUAGAACUGUUUCAUUUGGAUGGUUGCUGAAUUUUGCUGCUUAAAGGAUCCGACAGACUUUCACAUCAAGACACAACGUCACACAUCAUAGCUUGUGAUUUUGUGACAAUCGUCAGAAAGAUUUUGAAACUUCUUGUUCCCAAAGGGCAUUACAAUGACACAUUAGGGGAACUAGAGCUGUACAAGACUCCAAUGUAUAUAUUUUAAAGGAAACAGUCGGUAUUUUUAAAGAAGUUGAAGGACAUACUCUCAACUAUGGAAGAAAACUGGGUAAGAUACUUAUGUAAGUCGGGACAAACAAUGUUCGUUUAUAACAAAACUACAGGAGAACAUAGAUGGCCUGCCCAGAACUCAGAGACUAUGUCAAAUAAUAUAAAAGAUGGAGAGCCAAUGCUGUAUAAGGAAUUGUGUAGUGUAGCAACACAAACAGAUGACACAGGAUGUAUUAAUGGUUGUACSUCCUUGCUUGCUAAUGCAGGCUGUGUAAGUGCAAGAGCAAGCGUCGUUGAAGUACGUAUGGAUGUUGAUGAGCAAGUCAUUAAUGGUGGUAGCAUUAAUAUGUGUAAUUCAGGUCUAAGUGUUAUCAAUGCUUCAACAUAUAACAAUGCAAAAGCUGCUCAGAGUAGACUUCUGUUGCCUAAACCUAUCAUGAAUGGUCAUGUAGAUACUGGUACUAAAGAAGUCAACAUCCAGGAAGUCCAGACUAUUAACAGUCCUGAGAGAAACAAACGAUAUCAAAGUAACAUAAUCCCACUUCCAGCAGCAAAACUUAACUCCACACAAACUCCAUCAAAUCAAGCCAUAGCUCCUAGUCUUGCAAAUAAUGUUGUUUCUAGUUCAGUUCCAACUGCUGUUCCAGCUCAAAGUCUGGCACCAGGUAAUCAAGGAUACAUGAUCAGUGGAACUCUGCAUUUAGGCAAUGGCAAGUUUGCUAAUGUGUUACUUCCAGCAAAUAGUGCAGUAGUUAAUGGACAUGCAGUCAUUCCAAGAGUAGUUUCCAUCCCUCAAGCAGAUGGCUUACACAAGCAACUAGUACCUGGCAUGACUCAAACUAACCCAAAUGUUACUGCUCCAGAUGUGACUGCUUUAAGUAAUGUAGCCUCAACACAAGUUACAGGAAGGAAGUCCCAGGAAACAACAAUUAUAAGAGAGAAGUAUUUAGUCAAUGGAAUGAUUGCUAAUGUUCAACAUGGUGCCAAAGUUAUAAACAAUAAUUUGAUAAAGGUAGUCAAUUCACAAGCRUCAAACAAAAAUUCUUCAAGUGCUUCUCCAAGUGUUGCAAAUGCUGUAAGCRUCCAAACUCCAAGUACUAUGUCUAGUUCUUCAAAACCUAUAAAUAAAAAUCAGUCAAUUGUAGUAAACAAAAGCACUUCUCUAUUUAACCCAGAAAGACAAACUAGUGAGCCGAAGCAGUUUGUGAUUUCCAAUGUUUUUAGUUAUGCUACCGGUGAUGUUAUUAACACAAAUGUCCAAAAAGGAGACCAAGUAUCUGCUGUUUUGCAAGCUGAGAAAAACACAUCUUUUGAACUUCCAAGAACAAAAAAUGGACCACGUGAGGACCAAACAAGCCAAGAAGAACAAGCUGAUACAAUAAUAGUAAAGGUUGAGCCAGGAUUGGAAGAAGAGGAAUCAAAUAGUAACAUCCACAAAUGCCCAUGUUGUUCAAAGUCAUUUGCAAACAGCAACAGUUUGCAAGUUCACUUACGUACACACACUGGAGAAAAGCCAUUCAAAUGCUCAUAUUGCGACAAGGAGUUUCGUCAUAAUAGCAGUCUCAAGGUGCAYGUCAARCUUCACACUGGAGAGAAGCCAUACAAGUGCUGUUCAUGYGACAGAACAUUCCGACAGAAAGUCCAUCUACGAAAUCAUCUCAGGACACAUACUGAGGACAAUAAAUAUAAAUGUUCUUAUUGCGAGAAAGGUUUCCGUCACAAGGGAAAUCUUGUCGCUCACUUGCUAACACACUCCAGUGAAAGGCCAUUCAGAUGUCAGACAUGCGAUAGAACAUUCUCUCAAAAAUCGCACUUAGAAAGUCAUGAGCAAUCACAUUGUAAGAGGAAGCAAGACAUAUGCCCAUAUUGCAACAAAGAGUUCAAGUUUGGCAGUAGUCUUAAUCUUCAUAUGCGCACCCACACUGGUGAAAAGCCCUUCAAAUGCUCGCUCUGUGAUAUGACGUUUCGCCAAAAGCAACAUCUUAUUGUUCAUGUGCGACGGCACACAGGAGAAAAGCCAUUUAAGUGUGUUCAUUGCAACAAAGCUUUCAGACAUGACACUGCACUUAGAAGUCACCUAUUGAUUCACCCUGAGUCAAAGUACAGUCAAGCUCAAGCAGCGAUGUUUACUGCCGAGCAAAGAAUGGGUAACAUAGACAAGUAGAGYCUUUAAUAGUGUGUCAAUAAGUAGCAAUUAUUAAUGAAAAUAGGCACCAAUAUCAUAACACAAUGCAUUUACCAGCAGGGCUUGAAAUAACAGCCGGUCAAAGGACAAUGUCCCUCCAAAUUCGCUAGAUGACCGGCCAAAUCAGGUUUUGAAAGGACAUAUUGACCUGCCAUAUUUUUAGACAAAUCAAUUCUGAAUUCACUAAAAAAUCUUUUACAAGCUAUUACAAUGCUUGCUGAUCUUUCUGAAUACAAAAACCCACAAAUGAAAAGAAAAUAAUAGUAUUAUAAAGCUUUUGUACUUUCAAAACUUGACAUGACCUUCCAAAAAUGAAUUUGGAAGGACAUCUUGUCUUGCAUAUGUCUGGCCGUUAUUUUCGAGCCCUGUACCAGCAUUCUAUUCACUCAAGCAUUUUGGUUUCAUGAAUUUACAGGCUCUCAAAACAAAUCCAUUUGCCUUUUCAUCUUUUUUGUAUUUUGAUAUAAUAUUUCUUAAAAAUCCUCUUUAUUGGUGUCAUUGAUCUAUUCAGUAUUUGUACAGCCUACUGACAGAUUACAAUAACACAUUAUGCACCAAUUUAAGAGAUGUUUACGAGGGGUAUGCAUGCAUGUUGUAAUCAGUUUUUAAUGCAUUGUGGUAGCUUGGGGAAUUAUCAUUCAUAAUAGURUUGGUAUAACUCAGCCUGGAUUUGACAUCAAAAUUUGAAUUCCAUGGCAACCCACACAUAAAUUUGUUCAGAUCAAGGAGUUAYGAAAAUUUAACAGCCAAUUGAUCUCUGGUCCUGAUAUUUGUUAUAAACUGAGCUUGAAUAUUCAAAAUUGUGUAUACAAACUAAUAAUUGUUAUAAAUUUUUUUAAUCAAAUAUUAUAAAUCAGUAUCUUGCUAUAGUUCUAAAUAGCACAGUGUUAAAAUGAUCAAAAGAGAAAUUCUUCUAACUUGGGUCUUCCAAGCAAUGGAGAAUUUAUAAUUUGAUCAAAAUUAUAUUUUCAAUAAUGUUUGUUGUCWAAAUUAGGUAAUGCAGCAUCUUUGAUAGCAUGUAUGUGAUGCACCCUAAGAAAUGUACAACUCAUCUACUAUUUAAAUAGUGGUAGUCAGGAAUUAAUAUUUAUAUUUCAUACUUCACUUUAAUCUUUAGACUUCACAUCAUUACUAUGACUUUGCAUAAUGAUARACAUUAAUUAUAAAAAUCAAAUUAAUAGAGGUGACGAUGAAGCUGGUAAUGCUAACAGUAUGUAUCUUUAAAAGUUGAAAUUUUUAUUUGCAAUAUUAUGUGAUGAUGGUAAAUUAGUAGUUUUUGCAAUAAGUAACAAUUAGGAUAAUGAUGGUAAUGAUGAUAGCAGAUAAUAGUAAUGAUUAAAAUGAUUGUACUGUAACCGUAAUCAUAUCAAUUGCUAGUGUUUGCUGCUGCAUGGCAUCAUAAUAGUAACAGUCAAAUCGUAAUGGAAAUAAUUGCUUAAUACUUGUUUUWAUCAAGUACUUUGAUAUGUUACAUUUGCCUCUAGAAACAUUAUAUUAUAUCAACACAGAAUGUUACAGAUGUUGCCUAUAGUGGCCAAUGAGACCGCAGGAUUCUAUUAAUGAUCUUUGUUUUUAUUCAAACAAAGCAAAGGCAUAAGUAAACUGAAAUGAUCAAAGAUCCUGGAAACCAGAAUAUUAUGUCACUACUCUCAUGUGUAGAGCAUGGCUUCAUCUGGGAUGGCAGUGCAGGUUUAAAUGAGAGGGAUAAUAUUUUCCUUCCAUUCUAUUUCCUUCUCUUCCAAGUCUACSAUCUCUGUUCAGUUAUGAUAGGGACAACUUGCUAGCCUGGCUAGCAGUCCUCUUGUGGGACUAUGCAUAAUAAUGAGGUGUGAAAUAACAUUGUUAUGACAAUGUUCAUGUUUUUGAUAUAUAUAAAGCCUGUGUCACAUCCAAAAUAACUCUGUUUCAGCAAAACGAACCAAAGUUAUUUCACAUAUACCUAAGCUAUUAUCUAAUUUUGCACAUAUUUUAUAUCUUUAGGGUAUGUAUUGAAUUAAGCUAAUUUUUCUAGCAUCAUUUCUAUAAAACACUUUCAAUAUUUAGUUAAAUAUUAUGAAAUAUACUAUGCAUGUUUUACAUAAGACAUCAUUAAUUUUAGUUUGCUUGUCACUUAAGGAUUACAAUUGCAUUUUGUCUCCCUGGUAAUAAAUUCCUGGAAUUCAGUAGAAUUCCAGCAGUAUUCCAGUAUUCCAGAAAUGUUUUGCUGGGAAUGAUUCUUACAUUUUCCAUUUUUGUUAUCAAAUUGAUGAUUUAUACAAUUGAUUAGAGCAAAUUGUGUGGGAUUUGACAUUUUCCACUGGUCUGAAAUGUAUUUUGCAAUCCUAUAAUGAUUGACAAGUUUAGUCAUGAAGGAUUACAUAUUAAAUAAAUGCUAAAUUUUUUUAUCAAUAAUUAAAGAAAUACCAUGUAAAUAAUGCAUUUGAUAACUUUGUAUAAUCGACCUUCAUUUAGCCAUUUAUCAAUAAAUUUUGAAAAUCAAAAGGC